AUGGCGUCGCACAAGGCAAAGGAGCGAGUCCAGGUCAUUGGCCAACAAUUGGACACAUCAUCUUCAGCCUCCGAGACCGGGUUGCCUCCUGUCCAUAAGGCGUCUCCUGGGUCUAGUUCCCUGCGUGUCCGGGGGAAAGUCGUCAUUAUUACAGGUGCCAACUCGCUGCUUGGUAUCGGCCGUGCCACGGCCCACCAGUAUGCUGAAAGUGGUGCUCGCGCCAUCUACAUCUGUGACUUUCAGGACAAUUAUCUAGAAGCCCAUAAGCGUGAACUGAACACCCUCUUCCCGGCGGUUGAGAUCCAUACACGGCAAUUCGACGCCGCCAAAGAGGCCGAGGUCAAGGCUGUUGUAGAUGACGCCAUUGACCGCUAUGGCCGCCUUGACGUGUUCUUUGCUAACGCCGGCGUUGUUGGAAAGCCUAUCAUCUUUGAUCGAAUUUCCGAGGACGAGUUCAUGUCCGUGCUUAAAACCAACACUCUGAGCGUCUUCCUAGCGGCCAAGUAUGCGGCGCCUGCCAUGCGCAAGACAUCUUCAGAGAAGCCCCAGUCGGGAGGAUCGAUUAUUGGUACGGCCUCUGUCGCCGGGCUUCGGUCUAAUGCCGGACCAACUCCUUACUCGGCCUCCAAGGCUGCCGUCAUAUCUUUGGCCCAGUCCAUAUCCUACCAACUCGCAGGCACAGGUGUUCGUAUGAACGCAAUAUGCCCUGGCUUGACCGAGACAGGUAUGACGGCCCCCACGUACGAGGCAGCCCGUGCUCGAGGAACCACCAAGAAAAUCGGGCAGCUGAACCCGCUGGGGAGGGGGGCACACGCCGAUGAGAUUGCGCGCGUGGCCCUGUUCCUUGGAAGCGACGAGAGCAGCUAUGUGAACGGGCAGGCAUGGGCUAUAGACGGCGGCUUGAGCGCGGGCCACCCGUACGUGCUGGGCAAGCUUGCAUGA